AUGGCGUCGCAAGGUCCCCAGCCCAAUGCUGGGAUUCCGAAAGUCCCCAUCUCCAGGGGAUGCGGCAGCAGCUCAUCCCCGACUGGCGCCCAGUUCCAGGGCAAGGACCCUAUGGGGGACUCGGGCCCAGUCAAGACCCCAGCAGUGGCGGAGGGUCCCGCCUCCUGCCUCCCUCGGAAUGUGCUCAGCGAGAGGGAGCGCAGGAGGCGGAUCUCAGUGAGCUGCGAGCGCCUGCGGGCCCUUCUGCCGCAGUUCGAGGGCCGGCGGGAGGACAUGGCGUCGGUCCUGGAGAUGUCCGUGCAGUUCCUCCGGUUCGCGGGCUCCGCGGCGGCCAGUGGGGAGCAGCAGGCUGCGCUCGGCUCCCCCGCGGAGGCGGUGUGGCACACGUGGCAGGAGGACGCCUUGCAGCUGGCCCUGGCGAGUCAGGCCCUCGCAGGCGCACCGGACCCUGGGACGGGAGCACCCGCGGCCAUGUCCGUGCCCCCCGCGGGCGGGCUCCGUGGGGGCUGCUGGUGCAAACUGCUCAAGCCUGCCUUUGUCUUUGUACCACCCAGGCAACAGGCCCCGCUGAGCUGUGUGACCGCAGGCAUGGACCGGGGCAAGGCCCCCACGGUGGGGGCCGAGGUGCUGAACAGGCCGGCGGCCUUCCCUGGGCCUUCCGGUCUGGCGCCUCAGAUUCCAGGCCCAAAUCCCUCCAAGGCCCUGAGGCCGCCCCCAGCCUGGCCUCCCUGCAGUCGGCAGCCGGCCUCCCCACCAGUGAGCGAAGGGGCUCAGAGCUGCCUGGGCCAGGCUGGGCCCCUGACCGAGGGCACUGACCAGGCUGUGCCACCAGGCACCAGGUCUGUGCCAGGGUGUGACGUGGACGGGCCGUCCAUCCCGCUGACCGCCAGUCCUGACUGGUGGCCGGGGUCCCUGGAGGGCAGAGGUAGCAGUGUCCCUGCUUGGGCCCCGGCCAGGAGCGGCCCGCUGGACAGGACGGAGCCGGGCUUCCCGGCGGACCCUGAGCCCGGCUCCCAGGAGCUCCCAGACAGCGCCCCGGAGACGUGGGGCUGGGAGGCGGGCUGCGCCAGCCUGGCCCUGCGGGACGAGGCGGACAGCAUCUUCCCUGACUUCCUGGCCUACUAG